AUGUUCCCUUUUGGCCCAUGCGUGUAUUCGACACCCGUUCCCAGCAUAUUCGCAGGCUUUAUAGGGCCUACGGAGUUGGCAAAUAUUAUGCUGGACUUCUGCCUGUUCUUCACCAAUCGCAUUGAAGGACCUUAUCGAUCGUCCGCUGAGAUGAAGGUUCACGCGCUCAGUGUCUUCUACGAGUGGCUUCCUUCCUGCCCGUCCCCGGGCUUGCCCGAUCUGUCUGAGUACAACAUUUCCACGUUCGCCGUCCAGGCCCAGUUCAUUCACGAUGCGAUCGAAGUCCUCCAAGAUGAGGGCAGGCUUCAGCUGCAGUCCACGAUCAAGAUAGAAGGCGACGAAGACGGCCAGGUCACGUCUUGUGAGGCUUCCUCGGAUGCUCACCCCGAUCCCGACCGCGCUCGCCCCACCGUGGAACAGAUCAGACCACGAACCUCGUUCCGGAAGCAUGAUAUCGGUCCCUCCAAUAUCGCAGAGCCUUCUCUCCCACGGGAACCUUUCGGCCCCUCAAAAGAGCGGGCCGUUCAAUCAAACAUUUCUCGUGUUGGUGGCGUCAGUAGAACGGCUCAAGUCGGAGAGCGCAGGACUCGGGUUUCGGGGUUUCAUGGUCGCGAUCUCACUUCGGAUUCCUCCAGCGACAUCCGUGGUGACGAGGGCCACCGCUUACACGCUCGGUCUUCGUCCGUUGACCCGGUCGGCAUGCCAAAAGGUCGUGCCGUUCAAACAAAUACUGAGGGACUUCGCACCAUGGACUCGCACAGCAGGCCAGCGGACGCCCCUUUCCUUAACGUCCCACGACUAUUCGAACGGGCCGACCUUGACGUUCCAAAGGCUUUCGCGGCGGCACGAAAACUCAAAUACCCGCGCAUGAUGGGCAUACCGUACAUUAGCGACAGGAGCAAGUCUGUCAUGUAUGCUUGGCUCGGCCAGUCGCAGGGGAGUAAGGAUGUGCCCAUUUUCGAUCGUCAGAAUGCCUUCCGCUAUGAUAUGGGCAAGGAUGGCGUCGUGAUGCAAGCCUUCAUGAGAUAUUUGGAACAGGCCGGUCUGAAUGAGGUAGACUCCUACGUCUUGAGCAACGUGCUCAAGGACAACAGUAUUGCGACAGCUAAUGCGGUUAAUCUGGUCAAAGUAGGCGUCGCCGUGGAGUUCAGUUCCCAUGCAGGGUUUUACAACCAAGCCAAACCCUUCCUCGAUCAAUGCCACGCGUCCUUCAGCUCCGAGCACCGGUGCGGUCAGUGUCACGAGGAGUGGAUAUUCGUAUCUGCCCACAAGGUCGACCGUGACCAGUUGCAUCUGAAGAAGCAUAGCGCCUCUGGGCUUCGGGUUGAGCGAGUGAGGUGCCACAACCUCGGGUGCAACUACAUUAUGGACAAGCAGUGGCCGGAUUGGAAGAAUCACUUCAAGGGAAACGACUUCUUGCCGGACGAAGGCUAUAUAGGGGAGGAUGCCGUGGGUUGGACCUCCGACGAGCACACUCUGCUGCACGGCCUCACCGAUCCUGACGCGUGUCGGCUGCUACUCGAGUACUCAAUAUCCCCCUCCGACGUGGGUCUCAAUUCCGAUCGAAACAUGCCAAAUGUUGGCGAGCGCGACUUGCGGCGCAGUCUAAGGAGGAACGGCAGUAUGCAGCCAGGCUAUGAAGACACGUUCGCUAUUCUAUUUUCAUGA